UAUAUAAAUAACCAUUCACGAAUCGUACACUUGGGACCGUACCGGUCCACCCCGCAGGAAAUCGCGCCAAAUCCCAGAAAGAUGGCGUAAAAUUGCUGCUCAAAAACUGAAUGCAAAGUCGCACCAUCCACCCCAUCGUCAAUUCCGAUUCAAGAACCCAAAUUGAAACCUUAGAUUAGUAAUUACAAUCAAAUUCGUUCCCAUCGUUUAAAAAAUUUGCUCUAUUUCUUGAUUCCGAAAUAGGGAAUUAGGUUUGUUGAAACCCUAGACGUUACAUUUCUCACGUAGCUAAAAAUUAAGGAAAUCCUAGCUCGAAUUACCCUAAUUUUGAAUUCCUACUGCGGUUGGGUUCCCCCCCCCCCCCCCAAAAAAAAAAAAAAAGCUUCCAUGGCGAUCAUAGGCGACGCGCUACGGCAAGCUUUUAUGCCGAAGCACGAGUACGAGAGUCUACGGGAGGAGGACAAAGCUUGGACGAGGCUACAAAGACCGAUCUUUAUAGGUUCCACAGGGGUCAUUUGUCUCGCAAUCUUUGUUUGCACGAUUAUAAGCUUGAAGAUUGUGUUUCCGAGAGAUGUUUUGAAGCGACCGUUUUGCGAGGACCGGAGACUGCAGCCUUUGCCGUUGGAUGUGAAAGGAGGAGACGGUGGCGAUUCAGAUCUGUUGCCCGGAGCGUUUUAUUUGACUGAUCAAGAAACUGUGGAUUACUAUUGGAUGGUCGUGUUUAUUCCAUCUAUGAUCAUUUUCUUCGCUUCGGCUGCGUAUCUUGUGGCAGGAAUUACUGUUGCUUAUUCUGCUCCAACUAGGCAUGGAUGUUUAAAGGUGGUUGAGAAUAAUUACUGUGCUUCAAAAAGAGGUGGAGUUCGCUGCCUGUCCAUUUUGAAUGUGGUUUUUGCCAUCAUCUUCAGUCUUCUUGCUUUAUUCUUGGGUUCAAGCCUCCUCGCAUUAGGGAGUAGCUGCUCAUUGCCCUUGUUUUGGUGCUAUGAGAUUGCUUCAUGGGGACUGGUGAUUCUAUAUGCAGGAACCGCUAUCUUCUUAAGAAGGAGAGCAGCUGUAAUUCUUGAUGAAGGAGAGUUUGGUAGUAGAAACCUUGGUUUAGAAAUGUUGGAGGCUAACCCCUUGCAAGUCACCCCAGAUGUGGAAAGGCGUGUUAAUGAAGGUUUCAAAGCAUGGAUGGGAUCAUCCCUCCUAUCAUCUGACGAAGAAGAUGAACCUGAAAGUUACCAUGAAGUGCCCCAUAUAACACGUACUGCUUCUAAUAGGCAGAGAGUGUGAUCUGAUGCCAAGUCAUCAGUCUUACUGACUUUUUGGGGGAAUUUUCACUGCUUUGCUGCCAGCAGGAAGAUGGAUUCAAUUUUGGAGUACGGAGACAGUUGUUCAACCAGUAGCUCAUGAGCAAAUGAGUUUUAAUUGUAGCGAGAAUCAUGAUGUCCGGUUGACCUUGCUGCCCCAUUGCUUCUCUUCUCAUAGGUGACCUUCGUAGGUUGUGAAUAGUUAAGCACAGUAACUCAUUGUCGUUUUGUGUUUUGAGCCCCAGUGAUGAAAGAGCAAUAAGCAUUUUAACUACAUUUUCUUGUAGAGCUUGUGUAUUUGCCAACCGGGGUAUUAGAACUUCAAAAGUUCAGUAUUGGCAGAAACCGUGAAAAGUUGUUCAGAUGAUUGUGCCUCCAACAUGUUUGGUUGGUGUGAAUAUCAGUUAAUUUUAUUGCGCAGUUCUUGUCAUUUAGCAAUUCUGACCGGGUGCAGCUGAUGUUUAUGCUUAGAAAACAAAAAUAAAAUCAUAAAAAAAAAAAAUGUAGAAUUUGCAU